UAUGGAAAUCAUAGAGGAGGAUACUUGGGUCUGCUUAGAAGAUAACAGAAAUGAAUCCAAAAUUGUUAAAGUCAAUGAGAAAAAGUAAUUAAUUGAUCUAAAAUAUUAGAAUGGUAGGUUGGAGAAAACACAAAUUUGAUAUUGGUGUACUUCUUCAUAAACAAUAUAAUACCUUUUGGAAAGUGGAUAAGACAAAUGCAGUCGUAGAAAUAUCUUCAGAUUAAUUUUAUGAUAACACUGAAUUAGACAAUUAAAUUGAAGAUGCCAAUAUUGAAAUCACUAAAACAAAUAAAGAUCUUUUUGAUUUUAAUGAUUCUUAAAAGUUAACAUAGGAAGAGAUACUUUCAUUAAAAAAAUAGAAAGAAGGUGAAGAGAUAGUCGAUGAAGUCAUUCAAAAUAGCAAGACUUUUGAAUAAAAAACUGAAUUUUCUAAGGCUAAGUAUUUAAAGAGAAAGAAGGAAAAGUACAUUUGCUGUUUUAUGGUUUUGAAAACAACAAUCGAGAAUAUUCACAAGACUCAAUUUUUAGAAUCUCCUCAAAAACUUAAGUAAAAACUUAAAUAAAAUAAAAUAGUUUUAUGAGAGUCGACAGUUUGGCAUUCUUCAUGUAAUUAUCAAGUAUUACUCCGAAUUCAAAUAUUCUGAUGUUUGACAAUGCUAAUGUAUUAUAAUUUCAUGUUAUUUAGGGUGUUGCAGUUUCAGCUGUAGCAGAGAGACUAGAUGGCGAAGGAUCGAUUUCAACUGUCUUUUGGAAUCACACAAAAUCAAAUCUUAGGGACUAUUGGCCAAUUUAACAAAUGAAUUUCAAUGAGGAAAUUCUUAAGAGUAUAAAACUAAUUAAAAAUCUGGAGGAUAUUGAGAAAAACCAAAACAAAUAUACUCAGUAUGAUUAAUAAAUAGAAUAGUCUUUUGAUAGCUGGAGAGUUCAAAUUCACAGAAAUAUUUGAAAAAUACCUGAAUUUAAUAGCAGUGGGGGGAAUAAUUGUUGUAUUCAGUACAUAUUUGGAGAAAUUACAUGAGGUAGCUGAAUAACUGCUAUCAUCGGGUCUCUGCAGUAAAAUCGAUGUUUUGGAUAGUUUUCUGAGAUAUCAUUAAGUUUUGGAAAAUCGAACUCAUCCAAAAGUUGAAAUGAAUGCAUUUGGAGGCUAUUUAUUACAAACAUACAAAUUAAAAUGAGU